UCGAACGUGAAUUCAAUUUUUCUUGAAUUUUUCGAGUGAAAUUAAUAAAUGAUUCGUGCAAAAAAUAAUAUUAAUAGAUAAAUAUUAUCAUGAAUAGUGUAGUUUCGUUUUAUGAUAAACAAUUAGGAAAUCAUUUUCAACGUAAUUAUGAUGUAGCUCUGCAGAAAUUAAGAUGCUUAAAGUUAGAUGAAUAUACUAUAAGACAUGAUAAUGGAGAAGGUCCAGCUCCUCCAAUUUUGGCAUGUAAAUUUGCAAAAGCUGCAGGGAAUCAACACAUCAUUGCAUUAGCGAAUGAAGAUGGUGCAAUUGCUAUUCAAAAUGUGAAUACUGAAGUCAAAACAAACGCAUACCCUGAAAUUGAUGGUAAAACUAGCCAUUUGAAUGCUAUAUUCGAUCUAGCUUGGAAGUACGAUGAUAUGAAAUUAGUAACAGCGUCUGGAGAUCAUACAUUACGAUCAUGGACAAUUACAGAAUCGGAUAUAAGAGAAGAUCGAUUAUUUGUUGGACAUGAUAGAUCUGUUAAAACGGUUACAUUUCAACGAAAUGGCUCCUCAGUGUUCGCGUCUGGUGGUAGGGAUAGCUGUAUAUAUAUUUGGGAUACAAGAGCAGCACCACGUACAGAAUUUACUCUUAAGGCUGACAAAAUAAUAAAUUGUUCACAGCUGUCAAUACCUAAGACAGCAAAGAAAAAGGGUAAAUACGGAUGGUGGUACCCAUCUCUUAUGAAUUCGAUAACAGGACUCGAAUUUCAGGAUGAUAAUACUUUAAUAUCGUGUUGUGCAAGUGAUGGAACAAUUCGUUGUUGGGAUAUGCGUAAAAGUUAUUCCGCUCAUAAUCGUAUGCCAAUUUCCAAACAUUCUUUACCGUACAUGGGAAGUUCUUCUACACGUAGAGGUUACACAAAUUUAUUAGUAGAUCAUAGUGCUGUUCGAUUAUACGCUAGUUGUCUAGAUAAUGUUAUUUACUGUUAUAAUAUUUCGACAUAUUCUAAGAAUCCUGUUAUGACUUAUGUUGGUCAUCAAAUAAGAAAUUCAUUCUAUGUUAAAACUAGCUUAAGUCCUGAUAGUUCUUAUUUACUUAGUGGAAGUGUUGACGAAAAAGCUUAUAUUUGGAAUGUACGUAAACAGAAACCCUUAUUAACUUUAAAAGGGCAUGCCGCUGAAGUAACUUGUGUCGCUUGGUGUCAAAGUGGAGAAUUAAUUUUAGUCACAUGCUCAGACGAUGCUAAACAUAAAAUUUGGCGUGUUAGAGACGAUGAAACCUGGAAGAAUGAUAUUAUUGGUAGUGUAGAACCAGUAGUUUGUAAAACACCAAAAUCAGAACAAAAACGUUUGAGUGAAGAUGAAUCUAGUCCAUAUAACAAAAAAUGUCGUUUAUCUGCCCAACCUUCAUCAGCAAGAAAACGAUUACUUACUGAACAACAAUUUCAAUCGCCUAACAAACGGUCCAGAUCUUUAUUUCAAGAUGAAAAUUCGAGUGAUGUUAAUUCACUUGCGACAAUUCUGGAAGGAAAUAAUCUGGGAGAAUGUUCGAAAGAAGGUGAUUUAACUUCGCAGUUAACAGCAAAUUUACCAAACUUUGUAGUAGACGGUACAGCACCACAUCUAAGAAUUAUAUCACCUCAAAAGCAAAAACAGAACAAAGACUGGAUAUCACAAAUUCGUAAAGAAAAGGAAAUUCGUUGUCGAAUGAUUGAAGAAACGACAGGAGCAGGUCCUAGCUCACCGAAAUAUCAGAGAUUAGAUAGUAGCGAACUUAGAUUAAAUAAUAGUCCAAAAAAUAUUAAAACACCUUCACGUAAAUCAUCACGAAAACCAUCGUUGGAUACACCUCCUCGAGCACAGUCACCUCUUUCAAGGUUUUUUAAAAUUACAGCUAGUACGAGUGCCAAUAGUAAUGUAAAAGAUAUGCAUUGUGCUUCUUCGAGUAUUUCUUCUAACCAAGUUUGUACCAAACAUAUUUUGUGAUAACAUUUUUGAUUGUUUAAAAUUAAACAUUUUUUGGUUGAAUCGAAUAGGAUUUGACAAACAUCAGUAUUUA